AUGCAUCGGUACGGGCGCGCGUUGCAAGCGCCGGCAGGUGGUACGUCUGGCAGCAUCCAAUCACUGAUCAUCACGAUCAUUCCGCGAACGAAGCGCCCCGACGCGACACCACCCGAGGUGCCGGCGCCAACCCCCGAGGCCACGGCCACGGACAUGCCGUCGACCAACGAGACGAACACGGUAUCGCCGGACGCCGCUCCUGCACCGACACCAACACCGACACCGACACUGACACCGACACCAACACCGACGCCCACGGAUACGCCCACGACGUCGCCGGUGCCAACGAAUGCAACCACAUCGAUGCCGCCCCGUACAGCAUCUUCGCCGCCGACCACCUCGGUGGUCAUGACGCGCGUCCCGGUGCCGUCGAUCUUGAUUGUGGCACCUGACGCGGAAUUCGACACGACGUCGCCGCCCUCGAGUGUGCCGUCGCCUCCGACGUGGACGUCUCGACCAGCGAUCAACACGACGCCAGGUGCGAAAAGCGACGGUUUGAGCCCGAGCUUGGUCGCGGCGCUCAUUUGCGGUGCGGCCGUCGUCGUGCUUGCCGCGAUGCUCUUGUACAACGACCACCGCCGGCGCCGGCGGGAGCGCAACGUCCGCAGUCUCACGGCCGUCUCGUGGACGCACAACACAUCGCCCGUGCUGCCACCGCGGAGCACCUCCAUGUCCAACUGGACGUAUCAGCCGAGCGAGUCGCUGGGCGCGACGCGGGGCGUCGAGUAUUUUAUGGACGGCACCAACAUGCCGAAAGCGACGUCGUUUGCGCCGCUGCAAGCACGCUGGGCUCGCCUCAGCGAAGCGCAGGACGACGACGUGCCGCCCGAGAUGCGCACCAACGAGUGGUACCAGGCGUCGCUCUCGGAGCGCCAGCCGCCACCGACACAAGAAGAGCAACAGCCCGAGUCGAGCUAUGGCAGCGAGAGUCUGCACUCGGAGAUUUCCUUGUCGUUCCACGACAGUAGCGGCCGCGGACCGUCGCGCUUGACGCGCACGAGCUGGGACUCGAUGGAAGAGUGAGUAGCUCCAUGUAGUAAGGUAUCCACAUUGUACGAUAACAAUUCAACCACCGUG